AUGGAAGAUGCAUCACUUCUGGUGAGGCGUUGGGAGGAGUGCCUUGCAGCGGCCCGCCCCGGCUCAGGGAGUUGCGGCAGCGAGGGGGAAACAAGCGAGCGUGGACAGCAAAGGCGAACACAGGCAGCAGUCGCGGAAGCGGCACCUGUUGGAAUGGCGGCGUUGAGUUUGUUGUUGCAAAUAGAUCGCAACGGGAACGAAGUUGCCGAUGGCAACGAGGCUGCCCACGGGGGGGCAGAGGCUGUGCGGCUCUGCCAGCGGCUGAGCGAGGUACUUGUGGAGGCGGUUCUGGUCACUGUGGAGUCCUGCGUUCUGUGGACAGGCGUUGGGGCGGCAGUGGAGGCGGUGUGUCGCGAGCUGGGGGCGGCGUCCUCUCAGGCGAAGGAGCAAGCAGACCUUGCAGAGAAGCUCUGCGGCUGGUGGGGCCGCGAGGAGGUUGCAGAGCAGGGCUGGCGCUGGUGUGAGGCGCAUCUCACACUCCUGCCAGCUGAUGAGUCGGCGUGGCGCCAUGGAGCCUCGCAUGACGUGGCGACUCUCACCGAUUGGUGGUGGCGCCCCGAUGCGAUGAGUUCACUCAGUCCACACCCUGAGCAGGAGGCAACGUCGGCUGCUUCUGCUGCACGGCCGCUGUUCAAGGAGGUUUAUGCGACACUGGCGCGGCGGUGCCUUGGCGAAUCCCCUCCUGCGGAGCUCUCCGACGCCACAGAACUUCUAAAGGCUCUACGUGAAUCAUCUAGGAGCCUCUUCUCCCACCGCAUAGCGGUGGGUCGUGGCGUAUUGCGACGCCUUUUCACAGUGAAGGCGACAGCGCUGCUGCAUCAAUCUCAUCUCCUAUGUUGUCUCGCCUUUCUAAAGAAUGCUGCUCAACCUUGUCACCGGGAGAUGGAUGGAACAAAAUCUCGCGAGAGCAGUGGACAUGAAUUGUUCUGGGUGUCGCGUGAGUGUCUCUCACUUGCAUGGCGAAAUCUUCUUGCGGCGAUAACAGCGGUGCAAGUGGCUACAAUGCACUUCGGUGCGUCCUGUGAAGACUUGCGGCGGCAGAUUCGAUUGGCGUUAUUCGGCGCAAAGGAAGUGGCGAAAGAGGGCGACGGCGUCUCCCCACCUUGGAACGACGCCUUUUACGUGCACCCUUUUGCUGAGCCGUGUGAAAACACGUGUCGUAUUACACACGGCGUAGGAUUUAUUGCCACGGGGAAAAUCGGUGAGGGCAGUGUCAUUCUGCAGGAACAGCCGCUUAUUUACUUUGAUGCCCCACAUCAACGCACCGCCGGAACGGAGAUGCAAAAUGCCGAGAUGUCAACUGUGACGAGUGCAGCACUCGAAUUGUUUCGGCGUGGCGGUCUCACAUUUAAAGGCGGUGCGGCGACGUCCCAAGCGACGGAGGCCCUGCGAGGUGGUGUACUCUUCGGAGCGACCCCUCAAGUUGGCGAACUGUGGACGGCGCUGCAUCUGCUUGCCGUCAUGCAACCCGAAGGUGACAACAGUAGUCGAUCGGAGGACAGUUUUGCGCGCGACAUUGCCGACCUCCUGCGCUGCUGGAAUAAUCGCGCCAUUUUAUUGCGCCCCGUGGAGGACUUUAGCAUCGGCCAGCAGGGCGCCACCGGGGACGCGAAGUCCUUGUUUCCGUUUGCCUCUUUGCUAAAUCACAGCUGCUCGCCAAACGCGCUACGCAUCUUUUUUGAAGAGGGCGGUGGCCCCUCGCCAGUGGGGGGCGGUGGCUUGUGUGUUGUGGCCCUUCGCGAAAUUGAACCCGGCGAGGAGAUAACCGUCUCAUAUCUGCCGUCGCUCCUUCGUUCCAGGGAGGCAAAACGGCAGCGGAACGGCUUCUCCUGUCGCUGUGCUUUUUGCCUCUCGCACAGUGCACUGCUGGAGGGCGUGGUGUGUCCUGUGUGCCGUCAGCUCAUUUACGACGAGCCCAGCGACGGUGACGCGGCUUCCUCUGUGAAAUUAACUGACAGAGCAAGGCGGCGCGUGGCCCCAUACGCACACGCGCCUGAUUGCGCAUAUGUGGGAGGUGGCGGCCACUACAAGCAGCUUGCCGGGCACAUGACACUUGGAUUCAAGACGGCGCUUGACAAGGUACACUGCGAGCUUUUACAAAAUAGUGAUAGUGGGGUCGUGAAUAAAGAUGGAAGUUGCACGCAGGAUGGUCCUGGAAAUACAGAGUGGGAGAAAAAGGAUGGAGAACCCAGGGAAGAAGACGAUGACACUGAUGCUGAUGGCAAACAGUACGCACGGCGCGCUCGGAGGGCCGUGCGUCAGUUGAUGGAACUUGACACUUUGGCGUCUGGGCUCCCAAGGACACACCACUAUCGAUUGCAGGCCAGGAUGGAGUGUUUGGCCACGUCCCUGAAUGCCAACAUGACGCCACAUGACAUUGCACAACUGCUGCAACUAGGUGGGGAGCUCCUAGAGGAUUUAGAGAUGCUGCUGCCGCAAAAUUACCCGCUCUUGACGGGAAUCCGUCUUCACUAUGCUCUUGCACGCAGCCGAUACCUGAUUGCCACAACAGACGUCAGCGAUCCUGCAGCGGGCGGGUAUCCGGAGGGGUGCUGCGGAGCGGUGCGUGAACAAGCGGAAAUGAUGCGUCUGCCAUUUAUGCGGGACAGAGUUAUUCGUGAAUGUGUGGUGCGGGCGUUUCAAGAGCAUUACGUUUACACUGGCUGGCGCUUCGCGGAGGCCAAGGAGAGCGACCUUCUUCAAAGUUUUUUGCAACGAUACAGGGCGGAACUGUUUGCGUGUGGUGUGGAGGAUUGCUCGCACUUUGAUAUGUUGUCGCUGAUGUCUGAUGGGGCGGAGGGUGGCGACACAUAG